CCUCCGGCCCCUGGAUGUGGAGUUCAUGAGAGCCUUGCACCAGCGGGUGAACAUCGUGCCUGUGCUGGCCAAGGCUGACACCCUGACCCCCACCGAGGUGGAGCGCAUGAAAAACAAGAUCCGGGAGGAGAUUGACCAAUACGGCAUCCGCAUCUAUCAGUUCCCUGAGUGCGACUCGGAUGAGGAUGAGGAGUUCAAGCUACAGGACCAGGCACUGAAGGAGAGCAUCCCCUUUGCCGUCAUCGGUAGCAACACGGUGGUGGAGGCCAAAGGCCGGCGCGUCCGCGGGCGUCUCUACCCCUGGGGCAUCGUGGAAGUGGAGAACCCAUCCCACUGCGACUUCGUGAAGCUGCGGACGAUGCUGGUGAGGACCCACAUGCAGGACCUCAAGGACGUGACACGGGAAACCCACUAUGAGAACUACCGCACCCAGUGCAUCCAGAGCAUGACCCGUAUGGUGGUGAAGGAGAGGAACCGCAAGUACGGGGCCGGGAGCG